AUGUCCACAUCCCGGGCAACAAGAAGUGCUUCUAGCAGUCGAAGCGACGGCACGACGAGGGUCUCUCGAAAAGAGCGCUUGUCCUUGCUGGCAUCUCGCGAUGUUUCUUCGUCAUCCAAUGCAGAAGAAUCCGGGGUUAUCACCACAUCUGUCAGUGCUCUGCCACUAGUAGAAACAGUGACCGACGAGCCUUGCUGUUCCUGCGACGAGUUGCCAAUGAGAAAUGUGCUGUUGGAGUACAAGCUGUACGACUUGACCCGUCGCGCCGAUACCAACUUUUGGCUGGGGUUGAUUUGCCUGGGCGUCUGUGCCGUCAACUUUGUCCUCAUGUACCUAAACUGGUUGUUCCGCCAAGACCAUCCCGACCAUGAUGAUGAUGACACUACUACGAGUGCAUUCGUCUUGGCCGAACAUGUCUCCCAUAGGACAUUUCAUAUGCUGGAAUUCUGGACCACGUGUCUCUUUUCCACUGCCGAAGCGUUUGCCUUGAUCAUGACAUCCCCCACGCAAUACUACCAAUACCACCAUCAUCACAAUCAACCCCAUCUCCUCAAAUUACUCCUCUUUUUCAAUGUCCUCAAUUCCAUGAUCCCGGCACUCCUCAUUACCUUGGACUUUUGCUAUUUUGAAACGUUGGCACACGAACUGGAAUUCCUCAAUUCCUGGACCCUGGCAUUUGUCACCAUGAUUCUACUCCUGUCACUCAUCCAACCACCAGAGACAACAAGCACGGAACAACCACAAUCCACUCAUGAGGACUCCUUGUACAUUAUCAUAGGAGGAGUAGCCUGCUUAUUGGUGGCCAUCAUGAACUGCUGUGUCUACAACUUGGGACGGGCAUCCACGGCGCACUACCUGGAACUUUCCUUUAAUGUCGUCAUGAGUCUCGUGACCUUUUGGUUCUGUUUGGAGAAUCGGUUCCAGGCCCAAAUGGAGAUUGGACAACUGCUCUACGGUCGACAACAACCAGAUUCAUCAGUAGUGCCUCCCGAGCUAUCUCCCCUACGAAUACCAUCACGACGGCCCCAAUGGCACUUUAUGAUGUUUGGAGGUACGCCGAAGCUUUUACCCGUAAUGGGACGAGCCGGAACCACCCAAGUACAACUGGCACAACUCGAUCCCAUUGUGGAGGAACAACACAGCGAAUGGACGCCCUUGACGGGUAGCACGGCGCAACGAUACCGCUAUCGACGCAUGGGGACGCUCUAG